UUGACCUCGGUCCGGUUUGCCAGCAUUUCUCCUCCCCCAGCGCCCCUCCCACCUUCCUAUAAUGAGCUCUCCCCUUACUUCAUUUUCACGCUGUGUGAAACACUCUACAGGUGGUUGAGCGGUUUCUGCCGAGAAGCAUACUUAAAUUUGUGCUGCUACUUUUCGUUGAGUUGCUUGUAUGUGAGAGUGCCCACCUCGUGCGAGGUCUCUGGUGGAGUUAGAAAUUUCGCGGCGACGUGGGUUGCGUCUUGCCAUAGACAACAAUCCGGGUGCUGUGCUCGUUUCCAGGGGUGAUUGCGAAGCUGGUGUUUUUAGACCUGGUGGAUUGUGAAGCCUUGACGCUGGUGUCGUCUGUAGGAGAUCAUUGCGAGCAGUGAAGCAUUUCGGCUGUAGUAGCUGGUGGUGGAGCUGAGCUUUAAGGUAUGGCAGGGGGAGGGCCAGUGGCCCCGGCGGGUAAGGGCGGCGAGGAUCUUAAUCACCAUGCGCUUGAGCAGCUUCCUGGCUUAGCUUAUUGCAUCAACGACAAUCCACGAUGGCCGGAGGCCAUAGUACUUGCGUUUCAACACUACCUGACGAUGGUCGGGACUGCUGUGUUGAUACCUUUGCUUAUCUUUCGAGCAGACACUGGUGGGACUCCAUUUUACACUCACGACUUGGUGAGAGUCAUUCAAACAGUGCUGUUCGUUUCCGGUAUCAACACAUUCAUCCAGACGACACUAGGCACCAGACUCCCGGCUGUCAUGGGCAAUUCGUUUUACUUCCUGGCGCCCACCAUCUCCAUCAUCACGUCUCCCAGUCUCGCCUACAUCGACGACCCUCAUGAAAGGUUUGUUCGUUCCAUGAGAGAAGUCCAAGGUGCGUACAUUGCGGGCUCGGCCUUAAACAUCAUCCUUGGCUUUAGUGGACUGUGGGGCAUUGCCGCUCGAUUCACAAGCCCAAUUGUGGUGGCCCCUGUAACUGCACUUGUAGGACUCGGGUUAUUUGAACGUGGCUUUCCAGGGGUCGCUAAGUGUGUAGAAGUUGGAAUACCUGCUCUACUCGUUAUCCUGCUGUUUUCCCAGUAUCUUAAGCACUUUCACUACAGAGACGUCCACUUCUUUGAGCGUUUUCCUAUCAUAGUCGGCGUUACGCUAGUAUGGGCAUAUGCUGCCAUCCUCACUGUUGCCGGCGCAUACGACCAUGCCAGUACCCUCGGGCAACUCAACUGUCGCACAGACAGAUCUGGCCUCGUCAGUGCCGCCCCAUGGGUUCGUGUGCCGUAUCCACUCCAAUGGGGAGCCCCUACCUUUGACGCUGGCAAUGCGUUUGCGAUCAUGAUAGCAGCGUUUGCAGCGCUUGUCGAGUCAACUGGAGGAUUCUAUGCAAUCUCGCGCCUAGCCGGAGCUACUCCCCCACCUCCUCAUGUGAUCAGUCGAGGUAUCGGAUGGCAGGGGAUCGGAGUAUUACUUAAUGGUGUUUUCGGCACGUUCACUGGCGCAACUGUCGCUCCUGAAAACGCCGGAUUGAUUGGACUCACACGAGUGGGAAGCCGUCGUGUGAUUCAAAUAUCUUCAGCUUUCAUGAUUUUCUUUGCACUCUUCGGUAAAUUUGGAGGUAUCAUUGCGUCGAUUCCCCAGCCGAUAGUUGCUGCCAUUCUGUGUGUCACUUUUGGUACGGUUGUUGGAACCGGGAUCUCGCAACUACAGUUUGCAAACAUGAACAUGACUCGUAAUAUCUUCAUAAUUGGUGUCUCCAUCUUCCUUGGCCUCUCUGUGCCAGAGUACUUCAGAGAAUUUACAGUGCGUGCUGGGCAUGGUCCUGUCCACACUGGAGCUCGAUGGUUUAACGACAUCGUGAACGGUUUCUUCUCUGCGCCGAUAAUUGUCGCACUCAUCGUAUCUGCGUUUCUAGACAAUACUCUAACCAGGCAUGUUUCGAAGAAAGACAGGGGUAUGUUGUGGAUGCGGAAGUUUCGAGUCUUCAACUAUGAUCCCAGAAACCUAGAAUUCUACAGGCUCCCAAUGGGACUGCACAAAUUCUUCCCUCCGUCAUAAUCAUCUACGUGCAAUAAGCUCUUUUCCAAUUUUGCAGUGCCUCUUUGCACAAAUCUUUUUUCCACCACCGUUCCGAUUCCACUUAAACCCGGGUAACAACGCUGCAUCUUCCUUGAUGCCGAUCGAUGAACAACUCAUCUCGGUGUAGCAUAGUACCAUAACAAUAUACUGCGGACAAAAUCGUUUCAUUUUAAACACAUGCAGACAGAAAUAGUGUAGACAAUUGCAAGCCGUUGUAAAACAUUUUGUUCCGCAAAUUGAUAAAGAGAUUGCAACAUACCCACAGUA